AUGUGUUUUGCUUUUGCUCGUUUAUUAAAUAGUUUAGUAAUUUAUGGAUUAGUGAUUCAUUGGUUUAUUGGUUUAUGCGUACUGUACUCGGAUUCGGAAAUUUGUUGGUUGGUGGUUGAGGGUUCAUGGUUCAUGGUUGAUGGUGGUUUGUUUUUAGAUGCUGGUUUAGGGGUGGGAUGGGAAGGAGGGAUGUGA